AUGUCUGUCACUACCAGCGCAACAAUCGCCAGCUUCGGCGGCAAGCUGCUUAAGCUCGCCCACAAUGCUUCGACCACUGGCUGUGAAAUGAAAUUCAACCUCUACUUACCUCCACAGUCCACCUCAUCAAAGGUGCCACUAUUGAUCUGGCUGUCUGGUUUGACAUGCACUGCGGACAAUUGCUCGGAGAAGGGCUUCUUCCAGCAUGGCGCUAGCAAACGCGGCAUCGCUGUCCUAUACCCAGAUACCUCGCCGCGCGGAGUCGGCAUCGAAGGCGAGGAUGAGAGCUACGACUUCGGCAGUGGCGCAGGCUUCUACGUCGACGCGACCGCCGAUCCCUGGUCCAAGAACUACAAAAUGUACUCAUAUGUCACGGAAGAACUUCCUAAGGUUGUCUUCUCCAACUUCGAUCAGAUUGACUCAAGUCGGGUCAGCAUAACGGGGCACUCUAUGGGCGGACACGGAGCCUUGUCACUAUACUUGAAGAAUCCUGGCAAGUACAAGAGCGUCAGCGCCUUCGCUCCCAUCUCAAAUCCUUUGAAGGCACCUUGGGGUGAGAAGGCAUUCAAAGGCUACUUCGGUGAGAAGGACUGGCAGUCGAAAGGAGCAGAUCAUGAUGCCACCGAACUGAUAAAGAAAUGGAAGGGUGGGCCGUUGGACAUCUUGAUUGAUGUGCAAUCGCAGCUACUACCAGAGAAUCUGGUGGCAGCAGCAAAGGAGGCCGGCCAAGAGAAGGGUGUCAACGUUCGCUUCCAGCCAGAUUACGACCACAGCUACUUCACUAUGGCGUCGUUUGCAGAUGAUCACGUAGAUCACGCGGCCAAAUAUCUGUUCGCAUAG